AUGACGGUGGCAGCGGGCGAGAACUUGGAGGAGAGCUCGGCUCUGGCGGAGCGUCCGCAGGAGCCGCAGGAGCCGCGCGGCCCCGAGCGCCACGGCGAGCAGGACUGCUGCGAGAGGGUGGUCAUCAACAUCUCGGGGAUGCGCUUCGAGACUCAGCUCAAAACACUCUCGCAGUUCCCCGACACGCUGCUGGGGAACCCGAAGAAAAGAAUCCAAUACUUCGACCCGCUCAGGAACGAGUAUUUCUUCGACAGGAACCGGCCCAGUUUCGACGCCAUCCUCUACUACUACCAGUCGGGCGGGAGGCUCCGGAGACCGGCCAGCGUCCCCCUAGACAUGUUCUCCGAGGAGAUCAAGUUCUACGAGCUCGGCGUGGAGGCCAUGGAGAAGUUCCGCGAGGACGAGGGCUUCACCAGGGAGGAGGAGCGGCCGCUGCCCGAGAGGGAGUUUCACCGGCAGAUCUGGCUGCUUUUCGAGCACCCAGAGAGCUCCGGCCCGGCCAGGGGCAUCGCCAUCGUGUCGGUCAUGGUCAUCCUCAUCUCCAUCGUCAUCUUCUGCCUGGAGACUUUACCGGACCUCAAGGAAGAGCCCGAGGGCCGCAUGAAGACCAUGGGAAACAGCACCUUCUACUACAAACCGAACAUGCUGACCGACCCCUUCUUCAUAGUGGAGACCCUGUGCAUCAUCUGGUUCUCCUUCGAGCUCAUCGUGCGCUUCUUCGCCUGCCCCAGCAAGGCAGAGUUCUUCAAGAACAUCAUGAACGUCAUCGACAUCGUAUCAAUUAUCCCCUACUUUAUAACUCUGGGUACGGAGCUGGCCAAAGACCGGGAGGGCAAGGAAGCGAAGGGGGACCAGGCGACGUCCUUGGCCAUCCUGCGCGUGAUCCGCCUCGUGCGGGUCUUCCGCAUCUUCAAGCUGUCCAGGCAUUCCAAGGGACUGCAGAUUCUGGGCCAGACCCUGAAGGCCAGCAUGCGUGAACUGGGCCUGCUCAUAUUCUUCCUCUUCAUCGGCGUCAUCUUGUUCUCCAGCGCCGUGUUCUUCGCGGAGGCCGAGGAGAAGGAGUCCCACUUCAACAGCAUCCCGGACGCGUUCUGGUGGGCGGUGGUGUCCAUGACAACCGUGGGCUACGGCGACAUGUACCCCGUGACCAUAGGGGGCAAGGUCGUGGGGUCGCUCUGUGCCAUCGCCGGGGUGCUGACGAUCGCUCUGCCGGUCCCCGUGAUCGUCUCCAAUUUUAACUACUUCUACCACCGGGAGACGGAGGGAGAGGAGCAGGCGCAGCUGCUGAACGUGAGCAACCCGAACAUCCCGUCCGAUAGCGACUCGAGUCGCCGCAGCUCGUCGGCCUUCAGCAAGUCGGAGUACGUAGAGAUCGACGAGAACAUUAACAACAGCAUCGACAAUUUCAGAGAAGCAAACCUUCGAACUGGGAACUGCAUCACGGCCAAGCAGAACUGUGUCAGUUCGAAACUGCUAACCGACGUCUAA